UACUUCUCACAUAUGAUUAUGGAGAAUCAAGGAAAAGGAAAGGAAAACGACGGUGAAAUCGAAAUGGAGGAAAUCCCUGAGGAUCUCCAGUGUUGUGUUUGCCUGGAGCUUCUGUACAAACCAAUUGUACUAGGGUGUGGGCACAUAGCAUGUUUCUGGUGUGUACAUUACUCAAUGAAUUCAUGGAAAGGGUCUCACUGCCCAAUUUGCCGCCACCAGUAUCACCAUUUCCCCAGUAUCUGCAGAUUGAUGCAUUUCUUGCUCUUGGAGCUGUUUCCUAUAGCCUAUAAAAGAAGGGAAAUGCAAAUGGCAGAAGAAGAGAAGGAAUUAGGAAUUACAUCACCACAGUUUGAAGAUUUUGCCUCUGAGUAUUGCUCUAAAGAGCUUUCUGCUAAGGACGGCUCUUCAUCACAUUCUCCCAUGGCUUCGCAAAGAUCUGAUUCUGCACUUCUAGGAGAAUCCUCUUCCCUGGUUCAUGCUUCAUCUCAUAUCAGUACUACCGUGUCAAGUUGUAAACCAACUGCUGAUGCAACUAAAAACUCCAAUGAUGGGGAUGAAGUUAAAGCGGAAAUUGCUAAACGGGAGUUCGUGACUAACUUCAAUUGUAGGAUUUGUGAGCAGUUGUUAUGCUGCCCUGUAGUUCUUAAUUGUGGCCAUGUAUACUGUGAGGGGUGUAUUGUUAACCAAUGUGAUAAGUUGUGUAGAUGCCCAGCUUGUCAAAUGGAGCACCCGAAUGGGUACCCAAAUGUAUUUUUGGUUCUAGACCAUUUCCUGGAAAGGCAAUUUCCCGAGUAUGCAUCUAGGAAAAAUACUUAUCUCAACAAAUCCGAUUUGCAAUGCAAAAGCAGCUCAACAGGUCCUGUGAGAACAACAACAAAAGCUGGCCAAUCUCCAGGAGUCGGUCAUGGGGCAUUUGUACCCAAGAUUCACUAUGGUGUUGGUUGUGAUUAUUGUGGGAUGUAUCCUAUUCUCGGGGAUCGCUACAGAUGCAAAGACUGCAAAGAAAAGAUCGGGUUUGAUCUGUGUGGAGCUUGUUAUAACAGUUCGUCAAAGUUACCAGGCAAAUUUAAUCAGCAGCAUAGACCAGAGCAUAAGUUUGAACUCAUACAGGCACCACAAAGCUGGAUACAGAUGUAUGAUCCUCAACGAUUUGUGCAGUUCGUGUACGAGGAUUUCUCAGAGCAUGGUUCUGCCCCAGAUGAUCCCGAGGAUAGUGCGCCAAGCCCAAUUUCUCUAAAUGAUAAUGGGGAAGAAGAAUGUUCCAGCCAAUAGUGCAGUGGGCGGAAUUUUCCCAAAUGAUUGUUGACAAAACCUCAACACUGCCCAUUUUCGUCUCGCAAGCUUAGCUCAAUGGUUCAAGGGUCACCCUGGAAGUGUUGCUUUAGCGGCAGGGUGGCGGGCUACUGGCCUACUGGGGGAUCUAAAGCCCAAAAAAUAAUUGAUGAGCGGUGAUGAAGGCUCAUUUUCUGACAGGCAACAUAGAAGAACAGGAAGUAGUUGACUGGGCGAACUGCAGUUUAGAAAUACUACAGAUUCGAAACAAAA